UCUUCUCCUGAGCUGUCUCCAGUGUGACUCUCUUUAUUUAGUCUGUCGUGGUAUCUGGCCUGUGAGGCGGCUCGCAGUGCUCUGCGUUAAGACAGGAAGGAGGGUGAAAGGGUGAGCUGCAGAGGACAAGUUUCUCCAUCUUCCUGCGGAGCUGUCUGUCCAUACCAGUGAUUGAGCUGCCUGCAUCUUGUGGAUUUAUCUCAGUGUGAAGGCGAAGGAAGCCUGAGUGGAGAGGCAGGAGGCUGCUUCCCCGCUCCGUCCCGCCUGUCUGUGUGGAUGACCUGUGCUCUACUAGUGUAUUCCUCAGCAACAUGAACAAGAUGAAGAACUUUAAGAGGCGUUUCUCUCUUUCUGUUCCUCGCACUGAGACCAUUGAGGAGAACGAGUUCACUGAGCAGAUAAACCAGUUCAACAUACGGCACACUCAGGGCCUGACUCCAGAUCGGCUGUGUCCUCCGUCUCAUGAUGCCAGUCCUUCGAGCCCUGAACCAUCAACACCAGGAGCCCAGUCUCCGUCACACCUCCACUUCCACAGCAAGGCCCAGCACAGACGUUUCUCCAUGGAGGAUGUCAGUAAGCGCAUGUCUUUGCCCAUGGACAUCCGUCUGCCUCCUGAGUUUCUCAAGAAACUGCAGCUGGAGAGUGACAACCCCCCGCUCUGCAAACCUGUCAGUCGCAUGUCUCGACGUGCUUCACUGUCUGACAUAGGCUUUGGGAAACUGGAGACAUACGUGAAGCUCGGCAAACUGGGUGAGGGGACGUACGCCACAGUGUUCAAAGGGAGAAGCAAACUAACAGAGAACCUGGUGGCGUUAAAGGAGAUUCGGCUGGAGCACGAGGAGGGAGCACCUUGCACUGCUAUCAGAGAAGUGUCUCUCCUGAAGAACCUGAAACAUGCCAACAUCGUCACGCUGCACGACAUCAUUCACACCGAACGUUGCCUCACUCUGGUGUUUGAGUAUCUUGACAGUGACCUUAAACAGUAUUUGGACAACUGUGGGAAUCUCAUGAGCAUGCACAACGUCAAGAUCUUCAUGUUCCAGCUGCUGCGUGGUCUGUCCUACUGUCACACGAGGAAAAUCCUCCACAGAGACCUGAAGCCUCAGAACCUGCUCAUCAACGAAACGGGCGAGCUCAAACUGGCCGACUUUGGUCUGGCAAGGGCUAAGUCUGUCCCCACUAAGACCUACUCCAAUGAGGUGGUCACUCUUUGGUAUCGACCCCCUGACGUGUUGCUGGGCUCUACAGAAUACUCCACACCCAUCGACAUGUGGGGCGUGGGCUGUAUCCUGAAUGAGAUGGCAACAGGCCAUCCUAUGUUUCCUGGUGCCACAGUGAAGGAGGAGCUACACUUAAUUUUUAGGCUUUUGGGCACUCCAACAGAAGAGACUUGGUCUGGGAUCAGUAGUAAUGAGGAGUUUAGGUCCUACCUCUUUCCUCAAUACAGACCUCAAACUCUCAUCAACCAUGUGCCCAGGUUGGACACAGAGGGGAUUGACCUUCUGUCUGCUCUGCUGCUGUAUGACACCAGGAGCAGAAUCUCUGCAGAAGCCGCUCUACAACACCCCUACUUCCUGAGUCUGGGGAAUAACAUACACAAUUUGACAGACACUGCUUCAGUGUUUUCCCUCAGAGAGCUCCAGCUCCAGAAGGACCCAGGCCACCGCAGCUCCGUGUUUCAGCCAUUAGGUCGAGGAAAAAACCGAAGACAAAGCAUCUUCUAGUGGUCACAGAGGAGGAACAGAGACACAGAAGAGACCUCAGCAUAAAGGCCAACACAGCUCAGCACAUUCACAAGCAUUCUCACCUGU